AUGGGUUCGGAAAAUUCAAAAGAAAGUAAAGGAAAUGGCAGGAAUCCUAAGAUUUCGACGCCAUGUAGUUUACUGGCUCUAUACCCACUGUUCACUUAUGAUGAGAAACAUGAAAAACGCAUCAAUUGUAUUAGUGUUAGUCCAAACAAUGACUAUAUAUUAACUGGAGGAGAAGAUAGCUUUGUUCGAAUUUGGGAACUGACCGCUAGGAAAUGUGUCGGCACACUUGAAGGUCAUCAAAGUUAUAUAACAUGUAUUAUAGCACUUGAAGAAUAUGUAGUGUCCGGCAGUGGAGAUUAUACGGCCAAGAAAUGGAAUUUUAAUGAUGGACAACUUUUGCUGAGCUUUGAAGGACAUACUUGCAUGAUUAACAAAAUAGAGGUACACGACAACAUGUUGUUUUCAUCCUCGUUUGACAAAACAACAAGAAUAUACAACUUUACAACAGGUGAGUGUUUAUAUACACUGGCAGAGCAUACCAAACUAAUUUCAUCAUUGAUUUCAUUACCAGAAUCAGAAAUAUUACUGACCGGUUCAGGCGACGGAACUGUCCGAGCAUGGAAGUUUACAACUUGGGAAACGGUUUUGACGUUUACAGCUAAUUCAAAGCCGAUUCUUUGUGUCCAAGUGGAUUUAGACAAACGUCUUCUAUACACGGGAGGGGACGAUGAUAUCGUACGACAAUGGGAUCUGGACACCGCUGCCCCUAAAGCACGUUUUAUAGGUCACUCAGCCGCAGUUCUUUGUCUCUGUGUAAGUAUUUGA